AUGGAAGAACUCAAGGAGAAACUAAAAAAGUAUGUUGAUGAAGUGAAUGCCCAUAAGCCUGGUUUCAUCAAGAUUGUUCGACACAGCAAACAAGAGGGGCUGAUUCGAUCUCGAGUUAGUGGAUGGAGAGUAGCCACAGCACCAGUAGUUGCUCUCUUUGAUGCCCAUGUGGAAUUUAAUGUGGGAUGGGCUGAACCAGUGCUUACUAGGAUAAAAGAAAACAGAAAAAGAGUAAUUUCUCCAUCAUUUGAUAACAUUAAGUAUGAUAAUUUUGAAAUAGAGGAGUAUCCUCUCUCAGCACAGGGGUUUGACUGGGAGCUGUGGUGCCGAUAUCUGAAUCCUCCUAAGUCAUGGUGGAAACUGGAGAACACGACUGCUCCAAUAAGAAGUCCUGCAUUGAUUGGAUGCUUCAUAGUAGAUAGAGAAUAUUUCCAAGAGAUUGGCUUACUGGAUGAAGGCAUGGAAGUAUACGGAGGAGAGAAUGUGGAGCUUGGAAUCAGGGUAUGGCAAUGUGGAGGAAGUGUUGAGGUUCUACCUUGCUCCAGGAUUGCCCACAUUGAAAGAGCACAUAAACCCUACACAGAAGAUCUAACUGCUCAUGUCCGGAGAAAUGCACUAAGGGUGGCUGAAGUCUGGAUGGAUGAAUUUAAGAGCCAUGUCUAUAUGGCGUGGAACAUACCUCAGGAGGACUCCGGAAUUGAUAUUGGUGAUAUUUCUGAGAGGAAGGCCUUGAGGAAAAAGCUCCAGUGCAAGACCUUUAGGUGGUACCUUGUCAGCGUGUAUCCAGAAAUGAGAAUGUAUUCAGAUACUGUCGCCUAUGGGGUGCUACAGAAUUCCCUGAAAAGUGAUUUGUGCCUUGAUCAAGGGCCAGACACGGAGAAUAUCCCAAUCAUGUAUAUCUGCCAUGGCAUGACACCACAGAAUGUUUAUUACACAAGCAAUCAGCAGCUCCAUGUGGGUGUUCUGAGUCCCACUAUCGACGAUGAUGACAACAGAUGCCUGGUGGAUGUGAACAGCAGACCCAGGCUCAUUGAAUGCAAUUAUGCCAAAGCCAAGAGAAUGAAGCUUUACUGGCAGUUUACUCAGGGAGGUCCAAUCCAGAACCGAAAAUCGAAGCGUUGCCUGGAAUUGCAGGAAAACAAUGAAAAUGAAUUUGGAUUUCAACUUGUCCUUCAGAAAUGCACUGGACAACGCUGGUCUAUAACAAAUGUCCUGAAAAGCUUGUCAUCAUAGCAGACUAGAUUUUUUACCCACUUUUGCUACUGUGUAGCAAAUACUGCAUUGCUGCCUGCUGUACUGUAUUCCCAUCCACCCGCCCCACCCCCAGUUCCUUCUCUCCUCUCUUUUGUCCCUUCGAUUUCAUUUUGUGUGUGGAAAUUGGGUUUGUGGGCUGAAAAUAAGACUUUUUAUUUCACAAUGAUGUUUUCAUGGCAUUUAUAGAGACACUGAAUGACAGGUGAUGGGUAGGCUAUCCUAAAAUAUUUUACAACUGUAAAUAGGAAACAAAUGGAGAAUAUUUAUAACUCGAACUUUUAUUGAAUAAAAAACUCCAAACACUA